AAUAGGGCGGGGCUCAGUGUUUUGAAUGAAGCAGGGGAACAAAAUGAAUACAAACGUUUCUAUUGGUCUCCUUAUUUUGUCCAUAGCAUGUCUUAGCCUUGGACAACCAAUAUGUCAGGCACCUCAGAAUACACUUUACAGCAACACGGACCUCAACGUAUUCUCAAACUGCCAGCAAAUAAACGGGAGUCUAGUGAUGGGAGACCAGUUCUGUACCCGGUCCUGCACAAUAACUGACUUCUCAGCACUGAGCAAUCUACAGGCAAUCACAGGAUCCUUUAUAGUCCAAUGCUGUCACACUCUCUCUGUCUUUCCUAACAUACCAAGGCUUACACAAAUACAGGGAGCACUGCGAAUAUACUACAACACAGGCUUGCGAAGCAUUGCUGGACUCAUACUGGGAACUGUUGGUAGCUUGGAAAUAGCACAAAACCAGCUCCUGCAUUCGAUCGACGUUCUACAGAUCAACAGGAUUAGCAACUAUGUAUCAAUCAGUUACAAUCCUUCACUGGGAAGUAUAAGGGGACUCACAAACCUCAUAUCAAUAGAAGGGAACCAAUUAGUCAAUGGUCAUGCAUUGAGGAUAUUGUAUAAUCCAAUACUAACCGAUAUCAGUGGAUUUCAAUCGCUAGACACAAUAAAUUAUGGGACGGUUCACAUUGAAGGAAACACACAGUUGUGCUAUAGUGGCUAUCCAAGAUGGAGCUAUGGGUCGUAUGAGUCACGCUACUCUACAGGAGACAAGGGGAUUGACUGGAGAAGCAAGUUAAACACUCAAUACAGUUGGCAGUUCACUUGGGGUGGAAAUGGAGUCCCAACACUCAAUAUACAGGGCAAUGGGAAUUAUUCAACUUGUGCUUCUACAACUUGUCACAGUUCCUGUCAGAGUGGUGUUGGAUGCCUUGGCCCUUCCAAUCCAGGCUUGUGUGGCUCCUGCUAUCAAACUAGUACCAUCAAUUCCUGUGAUGAGGUCUCUGCCCCAGAGACAGUGACACAAAACUGUGUCACGCUCUGGCCACCAACAGAGCUUCCAUUCUCAGCAAUAUUUGGAUUACUGGUUGCAUGUGGUGGGACUUUGAUCAUAAUAGUACUGAUAGCCUUGUGCAUCGUUGUGUAUAAAAUACGUAAGAAAUGCAAUGGAGAUGAAGAAAGCAAAGGAAACUAUAAUGUUAAUGAAAGAAAUCUUGAGUCAGGCAGUUCCUAUCAACCUAGUAGGAAUACUUACUCAUCUGGGAGUCGUUCCAAACUACACCAUAGCAACAAUGAAAUGGAAAUGAGAGAAACCAGCCCACAAGUUUCAUCAUACAAUCCAGCAGAUGAUGAUUACACUUACUCACAAGUUGUUAAAAAGACUCCUACUGCACAAGAAACUAGGAAACAAGAGGAACCUAUUGUACACAAGCCUACCUAUGAGGAGAGACAAAAGGAGAAGGAAGAGAGUGAGGAGGAAGAGGAGGAGGAGGAGGAGAGUGAGGAAGAGCCCAGAGACAAUUUUAUGGAAGAGUAUGAAAUGCCAUCUAGAAAGAUCCAGCUUAUGAAAGAGAUAGGAGAAGGGAGCUUUGGAAAAGUUUUUAAAGGCUUAGCAAGUGAUGUACUACCAAAUGAGAGAGUCACUGAUGUUAUAGUAAAGCAAAGCCACAGAAAUGCAACUGAGGAUGAACUUGAAGAUUUCUUAGAACCAGCAGAAAAGAUGAGGAAUCUGAAACACGACAAUGUUCUUCAUUUGCUUGGAGUGUGUGUGGACAGUGACAAUAUGCUGAUUGUCCUAGAAGACUGUGCCAAUGGAAACUUUAAAACAUUCCUUAUCAAUAAAAGGUCACACAUGGAAAUGAUGAAAAAAGACGGCAGCCUAUUACAAAUGAUAAUUGAGAUGGCAGAAGGACUGAACUAUCUCCAUGAAAACUCCAUCACACACAGUGAUUUUGCUGCACGGAACUGUCUUGUGUGUGCUAAUAACAGAAUUAAAGUUGGAGACUAUGGACUAUCAAGACAGCUCUUUAGGGGAGACUAUUAUUCAAGAACACCAGGUCAAACAGCAUGGCCAAUAAGAUGGAUGGCUCCAGAGGUCUUUAUUGAAGUAAAGGGAAUGAUAAAAUCAACCAAAGAAACCACAGCCAGCAACAUAUGGUCAUUUGGCAUUACACUAUGGGAAGUGAGUACAUUUGCUGAGCAGCCAUACCCAGACAUGACAGAUGAAGAGGUCAUAGAGCAAGUGGCUAGAAGAGAAUACUGCAACUUGAGGAAUCCAGUCCCAACAUUUGAUCCAUUGUGUGCACUGUUUGCUAUAAUGAUGAAGUGCUGGAAACGUGAAAGAGAGAGACCAAAUAUGGCAAGUGUGUUGACUCUUCUGAAGAAUGUCACACUCAAUACAAGAGGUAUGGAGGCCAAGGAAUCAAUACGACUUAAAGCAGCUGCCAAGACUAAGAGAAAGUCAGGCAGACCCCAACGUGAAUCAAGUCAAGAGCCAUUGCUGGCAACAAGUUUGACAAUGGAGAGUGAUGGAGGAGAGAGCGAAGAAGGAAGAAGCAGAAAAUCAGCAAGGGAGGAAAAGAAAGGAAAGGAAGAGAAACGAGAUGAGAGGAGAGGUGAAGAAAACAGAAAAUUGAAAGAGACAAAGAUAACAGUAGAAGCAGAAGUAAGAGAAGAAGUGGUCCAGGCAGAAGAGAAGAGCAAAAAGUCAGGAAAAAGAGACAGUAAAGGAGGGAAAGAAAAAAGCAAAAAAGGUAGCAAGAAGAAAGAAACAGAGAGCAAAAAGAAGGUGACAGGAGACCCUGUACCAACAUCAGUCCCAGUAGUACCCCAUAAAGAUGAACACAGUGACAUUAGUGACAUGGAUGACAUAUUCUAUCCAUCAGGUCCUCCUCCAGCACCUGCAGCAGCUCAUGCUUCACCUCCUUCAGAUGAUGAGGAGUCCUGGGAUGAAAGAGUUAUACCACCUCCUCAUCCUCCAUCACAACUGCCAUCCCAGCCUCAAUCACAGAGAGAGUCUUAUAGAUACAGCAGAGAGAGUUGGGAUUCAUUUGAUGAUGAUUAUGAUGAAGAUGAGCAGACUGAUGGAGUUAGAUCUGCUCCAUUACCACCAACUCAGUUCUCUCAAGAAGAAGAAGAAGAAGAAGAAGAGCCACCAUUACCACCUCAGGACUUACCUCCAGACCUCACGCCAAAUGAACAAAUUGAUUGGGAAGAGUCUGAGCCAGUUGCAACCCCACCUGGAGUAUAUCCAACUGAUGAGGUUAUCAACAGAACCAACCCGUACGCUACCGAACUGCAAGAUGAAGAGGAAGUUUCCCUACCACCUCCUCUACCAGCUGAAGAAGAUGACAUAGGUACAGAUGAAGAAAGCCUACAGCCAAUAGAGCCAGUAAAACUGGACAGGUUUGCUAGAGUUGACAGUAGAGGGUUUGAUGACUCUGAUGAAAUCAAUACACCAAUGACAGAGACUGGAGGAGGCAGAGGAGCUGAGGAAGACUCAGAUGACAUAAAUGUACCGGUGCAAUCUGAAGAGAAGAGCACAGGAAAAAAGACAAAAGCAAGCAAGAAGGAGGAGAAAGAGAGAGAGAAGGCGAAGAAGAAGGAGCUAAAGGAAAAGAAGAAGAAAGAGAAGCAGCAGAGAUCAAUCAAAAAGAAGAAAUCAAAAGGAGGAGAAGAUGACAAGGAAAAAGGGGGAGAUGAGCCUGCACUUGUAUGGUAGACAACAGAAUGAAAAUAUCUAUUUGUUAGCAGACAGCAAAAUUUUAAACACAAAACCACACAAAAGAUAACAUUACAGUAUAAUAAUAAUAUAUAAAAAUUUUAAACUAUAGUCAGUCUUUAAUAAUAAUAAUAAUAAUUUUUACCUGUUAGAGAGCACUUAUUUUUAUAA